AUGGAAUACCUCGACAAUCUAGACCAUGACGCCAUGAACGCAUUCAGGGAACUAAAUAAUGACACCGUACCACUUCAUCAAAUAUCUGCACUGAAACUAUCAACCGAAAUGAAAGACCUGCUCCAGUCAACCAAGCAGCGUAAGACUCCAGUCAAAGGAGCAGCUGAUCGUAAGUUUGGCAACAUGGACUACCUCUUCAAGCUCAGCGACCCUAUCACUCGCACAAUCCUCGCCUCGGCCGCCAUCCUUCCCUCCCACCCCCGAAUCAUCCAGGGAGAAGGCGAAGACGGUAUCGCGCAAUUCUGCCAUGUCAGCGACCUCGACAUUUCAAAGAUCAAGGACUGGCUGGCCAAAGAAUACCCAGACAUUUCCCCAAUCUUUGCGCCUAUUAACAAGGCACGCAAGGCUUUGUCUCUCGGUUCGGCGUACCCAACUCUUGGAUACGACACUACACUGCCACAUCACCGUCCUGACAGCAGGGCGUGUGAGUAUCUCCCAACACAGGACCAAUUCCCCGUGUGGUACUUCUUCUAUGGCACGCUGGGGAAUAGUUCGUUUCUGAACGAGUUGUUUGGGUUGCCGCCCGAAGAAGAUCGCGCACUAGUUCCAGCUUUAAUUUAUGGAGGAAAGCUCAAGACUUGGGGUGGCAAGUACAAUGCUCUGAUCGACGACGACCCUGAAUCGCGGGUUGAUGGAUGGGCGUAUGAGGUUGUCUCGCAGGAGCAGGAACACGCCCUAUGCAUGUAUGAAACGGCGAGGUAUGAAGUAGUGAGGGUGGAGAUCAAGCUAGAUGGGCAUAGCGGAGGGCGCUUCGUGAAAGGAUGCGCAUUUCGAUUCGCGGGAGAGAGGGGUGAACUGGAUUGA